UCCUUGGCUCGAAGGACCCCACGGAGAAGUAAACAAAGAGAUGUCGCGCUAAUCACAACCAUCGAUUGUAGUCCAAUUAAUCUAAUCAAAACGUGUCACUGAUUGGGACGCCAUGGCAGAGGACAACGAGCUGGAGAAGCGCGCAGUGGAGGAGCUCCUCAGGGAGACUGACAGGGCCCGGGUGAGAGCAGAGACCAUGGGCCCUACAGGAUGGUUGAAGUGUCCCCUGCAGAGCACCAACAAGCGCUUCCUCCUCAACACCCUGCGCUCCACCGGCCUGCAGCGGCGCAGCGGCGAGCCCAGAGACGGACACUCCACCGCCAGAGGGCGCCUGAGGAGCGACUCCCCGGACAGGAGCCGCGACCGCAGCAGAACACCUCCCAGAGAUCACAGAGGCAAUGGAGGCCACACAGACCAUAAACACCAUCACAGGGACAGCUGCAAUAACAAAGAUAAGAAGCGGGACAGAGACAGAGAGAGGAGUUACAGGCACAAAGACAACACAGAGCGGAGACAUGGGAGGGAUGGCCACCACGGAGACAAAGACGAGUAAAGACUUCUGCCCAAGAGAGGAACACUACUUCUUUUUUUUUUUUUUUACAAAGGCCACUCCUUCCACAGAGAGACAGACUCUCCUGAAACUGAUCCCUGACCAGUUAACACACCUCACAGGGCUGCUGGCAGUCUGAUACACCUGACCGGGUCACCAGAGAAGAGCUGUCUUAGUUUACCGACAGGUCACUUUAGAAAUGACAAUCACUGUGUAGUAGGUUUAUUUGACCCCGUUCAAAUGUUAAAUGUUCUUCUUUUUAAUCAUUUCACAUUGAAAUUGGAGUGAAUAAACUCUCACGUGGCCGUAAUAGCUCAGGAAAAUCACGCAGACUCUUUUUUUUUUUCCUCUUCUUUUUUUGCCCACAUUUUCGCACUCCCCCUCUCACGGUUCGGUUUCAUUCCGUUUCCAGUAGAGGAGGUUUAAUUUCAAUUAUAAUGUCAUUACCAUUCUUCUGUCAUUAUUCAGGGCUCGUAAUGUUUACAUAAGCCAUGCUGCUGUCGCCACUGGGUAAGCACAUUUUAUCGCGUGUCCAACUUUUUGACAUGUAUAUACCGGCUAUCAGAAACUGGGUUUGUUUGUCAAAGGAGAAAAAAAAAAAUCUUGUUUUCCUGACAC